AUGUCGAGAGCAGAAUCACCGCCUUCGCCAUCACGGCGUGGCCUGACCGCCCUUCUACAGCCCCUCCUCGUCACGCUCCUCAUCACCCUUCUCUUCACCACCUCUCCUUCGCAUGGCCUCUCACUAGCAAAGCGGGACGCAUUCACCGACGUCCGUGGCACCAUCGGGGACCACUCCCUAACCACCGUCGGUCGUCGUCCCCCCGGAGCCUACGCUCGCACCCUCCCCAUCACCCCGACCACCUCGAUCUUCACGUGGUACUCCAAAACGCCCCGGGACGAGUCCGAUGCGACCUCGGCGUUCAUCGUCGUCCACGGUGUCGCGCGCAAUGCCAACACCUACUGGAGCAUUCUCAACAACGCCUACACGCGAGCACGGAAUGCUUCUCUCGGUAGCGCCGAUGUCAACUCGAUCCGCGUCGCUCCGCUGUUCUUUAGCACGCUGGAGGAUGUAGGUGCGUACAACGAGACGCAUCUCGCCUGGGGGGAUUCCAAUGCGUGGACUGCGGGAGAGGGCAGUACGAAUCCACCCCUGAGCGGAAUUUCGAGCUAUGCCGUGCUCGACUCGCUCCUCCUCAGGUUCGCAAAUCCGAUCGAGUACCCAAAUAUGAAGACCAUCACCUUCGUCGCGCACGGUGGAGGCGCUCAGAUGUUGCAAAGAUACGCAAUGUUGGGACUGCCCAAUCCCAAUGAUGGGCGAUUGAGCAUACGGUAUGUCGUAGGCGAUCCAUCUUCCCAGCUGUAUCUGACUCAGGAUCGACCUGUUGGGGUAGACACGGUUUCCUGUCCGACGUGGAACGAUUUUCGGUACGGUCUACGCAGGUCCACUGCCGCCUACGGCAUCGUGUCCCCCCUCGUGGCGCCCGCGCUGUUCCGUUCGUACGCAGCAAAGGACGUGCGGUACGUGGUGGGGUUGGGCGAUACGGAUAGCGAGCACGGGGAUCAGACGUGCAUGGCGCAUGCCGUCGGUGGGCCGAAAAGGAGGAAUCGGAAUCUGGCCUAUUGGAAGUAUCUCAAUCUUCUUUCUGCCACUCGGUCUCCGGAGGAACUCAGCGGCUUUCCAGGAAGCUUCCCCGCCCUAGAUCCGACCGUGGAGACGAACCAGACCGACAUCCCCACCUCCACCGCCUGGUUCAACCGCCGCUUCAGAGGUGUGCAGCUCACACAUACGCUGACGCUCGUGCCAGGUGCAGGGCAUAGCGCGAGCAAAGUCUACGGGUCAGACGCGGGGAGAAACGCCCUGUUCGCCGAUCAGGAGAGCAGUGGGAGUGGAAGCAUGCCGGAUUACUCGCAGGAGCUGGUCGGGUACACGGCCGAUGCUGAGGGCGCCAAAGAUUACAGUGACCAAGACGACGAUGAUGAUGAUUAG